AUGGGAUUCACAACCUUACUAGUCUCAGCGCGCAUUUUGAAAGCAGUUCGUGGGUUCGUCGCUUACUUCAAGUACAGUUUUUCCGGAUCACGUCUACCUGAAGACUUCAAAUCAAACGACGGUCAUUCGAAUAUUUUUUGGUGGCUUAAUGGACAUAAAUCAGAAGCGGUAAGGGAUCGCUUGAAAGCUUACUUACGUCCAUAUCUCAGUUCAACGCAUUCAAGAGCAUAGCAGGAGAGCUGGAACACCAAGGACGGAAGUUGUCACCGUGAGAUACUGGCUUUCGCAUCGAGUAAUCAACUUUCGAUGCCGACUCUCAGAAGAAGUGGUCAACGCGUGAUCGACUGAUUCAUUCAAAAGAGUACUGGACCCCCAACACAAACAGUCAAAAUAAGUUCAUAGUCUUCUGCACUCAAGCCCAAAAUGUGAAGCCGUAAUCCCAGAAAACACAAUUACAGAACCUGUGAAAUUUGCGAAACUUGCAGCGAAACAAAAAGGUAUUGAAGACCUGUAGAAAGGCAUUUGAAUUAUGAUAGAUACGGCAAUUUACCACUUCAUCCACUGCCUACCUUUUUUUACUUGUUUCUUUCAAGUUAGUUUUUUUAAUACAGAUAAUUCUGCAGUUUCGCUGUUCUUGUUCAAUUUACAUUGAUCCAUCAGUUUUGAGGAAUAAUGCAGUUAAGUAUUACUCAGUUAAUGAUAUGUACCUACAAAUUGCUAAACUAAAUAAAAUCGGUUUAUCUAUGCUGC